AUGAGCGCGGGGAAGCAGGGCAUGCGCCAGGACGCCUUCUCAGCCUUCAUCGAUCCCGCGCUGCGCGAGUGCCCGAACCUGGAGGUGGUCAGCGAGAGCCUCUGCCGCCGCGUGCUCUUUGAGGGCGGCACGCAAGUGGCGGGCUUGCUGGAUGAAGUUGACAUUGACGACCUGGAGGAUGCAGGCGAAAACCCAUUCGACAGCGACGUGCCCUGGUUCUCACUCUGGCCGACGCCUUCUGCUCAUCGCUCUACGGGUCAUUCCGAUCCGGAUCGGGGUGAGCCGAAGGAGAAUCUGGACCUCUUGGGCUCCUGUAUCUUCGCCAACCGAUUCACCCGGCUCCUGAAGCAGGAGCAGUUCCGAACGCUGCAGCGCUCCGCCCGGGCCCCGCGCGCGAAAACACCGGCAGCGGCGAAAGUGGCGGGUGGUGGGAAGACUUCGAUGGCCCACAAGAUUCGCGACAAGUGGGCCGGAGUCAAAAAUAUUGAGAAGAUCAUCCUCAACAACUUCCGCGAUGUGGGCAAAGGCUGGUUCUCCAUCCAUGAGACCAACCAAGACACCUAUCGCCAGGGGAAGCUGAAGAAGCUUCUGGCAGUGGUCAAGAACAUGAUGCAAUAUUUUUUGGAGUUCUUUGCACUGGACUCUGUGGAUGACUACUGCCAUGGCUUGGAGGAAUUGUGCCCGGAGCGCGUCGAGGUCACGGACCUCAUGACUGUGCAGAGCGAGUUUGAGGAGCGGCCAAGGCCUUUGCCCGCCAAGCGGGGGGGCAGCCGCCAGCUGCUGCCACCAGGACGGCCUGGCGCAGCCUUCUACGGAGUAGAUCACGACGAUGAAAUGACCGACCUCAAAGCCGGGUCCGCGCUCUUCUUGCUGGAGAUCAAAGUGGAGGACAAGUCCUUCGCCUACUCCACCAGCAGUACGACCUGGAGAUGGAGGUGGUCGGCUCCCGCUGGUUGCCGAGGCGGGGCGGAAGGCUUCCACCUCUCCGGGCACCGCACGGACAUAGUGACAAACACCGACGCCACGGUGCGACGCAUCUUCGAUUUCCUUGGCUUGGAUUCCAAUGUCCCAUUGCCCUCCUUGCAGUCUGUGCAGCCAGAGGAGGUCAUGGAAACCGAGGACUUCACCAUGGUCUCGGAGAACGAGGCCCAGGACCCGUCAGAGGAGGCAGAAAUGCUCAGAGCUUAUGCCCAGCAUCGCCUUCGAGAUUUUGCUCGAGCAAGAUCGGUGAGAAAAAGGGGCGUGAAUCCGCCACUUGGGUGUGGAUUCUUCUGUGAGUUGGAGGCAGUGGACGUAAAUGCACACAUGGCUGUGUUCUUGUGA